UUUCUUCCAUUUCCCUUGGUUAUUAUUAUCCCUUGAUAUAAAUGCUAUGUAGCUUAUUGAAAAAUUUGACUUGCUUAAAUUUAAUCUUUUUUAAGAGUUCGCAUGUUGACAACUUUUACAUCGACUUUUCUCCCAUGCCCUUUCUUUUCAUUGUUCUCAAUACCAUCCAUCCAGUUUCAUUGUUUUUCAAGAGGACAGUUGAAAAAUCCAAUGUACUACUGAAAUGGAAUGGAACUAAAAUAGUUAUUAUCCAUCCCUCUUAAUUCUAAAAGCAUUUACCGAAAAAAACUAUCGUUAUAAUGUAUUCAAUAAUAAUUCGUAUUUGCGAGUACAAUCAAUUCAUA